AUGGCAGCGAAGGAGCCGGCGGUGCUGUGCGAGUCAUCGCGCGAGGGCAUAACCACCAUCACCAUCAACCGUCCCCACGUCCGCAAUGCGGUGAACCAUGCUGCCGCCGUCGAGUUGGCCGAAGCGUUCCGGGCGUUUGAAAAUGACUCGUCACAAAAGGUGUGCGUGCUGGCUGGCGCAGGGGACACCUUUUGCGCCGGAUACGACUUACACGAGGUGGCCGCCCUGUCUGGCUUGCCGCGCGAGCAGGCCAAGAGGCACGCCUCGCCCGCGUCGCCUGUCGACCGGGUCAACGGUGCUCCUGGGCCCAUGGGCCCGUCCCGCAUGUCCUUGUCCAAGCCUAUCAUUGCCGCCGUCUCGGGACACGCCGUGGCAGGAGGCCUGGAGCUCGCCCUGCUGGCGGACAUGAGGGUGGCCGACAGUACCGCCGUCUUUGGCGUCUUUUGCCGUCGCUUCGGCGUCCCGCUCAUCGACGGGGGUACAGUCCGGCUUCAGAAGAUCGUGGGGCUUGGCAGGGCCAUGGACAUGAUCCUCACGGGGCGCCCGGUCUGCGCCGACGAGGCCUUGGCCAUGGGCUUGGUGAAUAGGGUCGUCGCGGGGAAGGGGGAGGCCGUGCGGGAGGCCAAGAGGCUGGCUGGCGUGUUGCUGCGCUUUCCGGAGAGGUGUAUGAGGGCCGACUUGGCCUCGGCGCACUACAGCGCCUAUGAUGCAAAGGGACUAGAGGACGCCUUGAGGUUCGAGUUUGAACGGGGCCACGAGGUCAUUCUGGACGAGAGCCUGGCCGGGGCCAAGCGGUUUGACGGCGGCGCUGGUAGGGGUGGCAAGUUUGACCACGAGACGCAUGAUGGACGCGCCCAUGGUGGUGAUCAUGAUGCCAAGAGCACCGGCAAGAGCAGGCUGUGA